AUGGGAUCCAACAACAAGCCGAAGGUGCUGCUACUGGGCAUGAUCGAACAUGCCCAUGCAGCAUGGAAAGCUCUCGGAGAGAUCGCAGUGCUGGUCACCCCGUUGGCCACCAAUCGUGCAGAAUUCAUCCAGGAAUGCCUGAGCGGCAAACUCGAUGGCGUUCUCGUGGCUUAUCGGACUUUUGCGUCAUCGAGUAUUACGGGUUUAAUUGAUGAGGAAUUAGUCAAUGCGCUACCGAAGUCGAUAAGAUAUAUUGCGCAUUGCGGGGCGGGAUACGAUCAAAUCGACGUUCAUGCCUGCAGCGCUCGGUCUCCGCCGUUGCUUGUCUCCAACGUCCCAACAGCCGUUAACGAUGCAACCGCAGAUGUAAACAUGUUCCUAAUAAUUGGUGCUCUCCGAAACUUCAAUACGAGCAUGAUUGCCCUGCGGGGAGGGAAAUGGAAAGGUCUACCGGCUCCCACGCUGGGCCAUGACCCUCAAGGCAAGGUCCUCGGAAUUCUAGGCAUGGGCGGAAUCGGCCGGAAUCUGAAAAAGAAGGCUGAAGUCUUUGGAAUGAAGAUUAUCUACCACAACCGGAAGAAGCUGCCUGAUGAGCUAGCCGACGGGGCUGAAUAUGUACCACUUGACGAAUUGUUGCAGAGGAGUGAUGUGAUUAGUUUGAAUUUACCGUUGAACAAAAAUACCCGCCAUAUAAUCAACCACGACGAAUUCUCCAAGAUGAAGGACGGCGUCAUCAUCGUAAAUACCGCCCGUGGCGCCGUCAUCAACGAGGAUGCCAUGGUUAAAGCCUUGGACAGCGGCAAAGUGCGCUCCGUCGGCUUGGAUGUGUUCGAGGACGAGCCCAAUGUGCAUCCAGGCCUAAUACGGAACCCAAAUGUCAUGCUCUUGCCACAUAUGGGGACCUAUAGCGUUGAGACUCAAACGGCAAUGGAAGAAUGGGCGAUUGACAACGUGCGCCGUGCCGUUGAGACGGGAAAGUUGAAAUCGCCCGUCCCUGAGCAGGCAGAGAUGUCAUUUGUAUCCUGA